AUGGUGAUCGAUGGUGCGAUGGGUACUGUGAUCCAGCAGUUCAAGGAUCACCCCAAGGAGCUCAAGGGCAACAACGACCUUCUCUCCUUGACGCGACCAGACGUCAUCAAUGAGAUCCAUAGGCGAUACUUCGAUGCUGGUGCUGACAUCUGUGAAACCAACACCUUCUCUGGCACCACCGUUGCCCAGGCCGACUAUGGUCUUGAGCACUUGGUUCCUGAGAUCAACUACAAGUCAGCGAAGCUCUGCAAGAUGGCUGCCAUCGAAGUCGAGAAGAACACUGGCAGGAGGCGCUUUUGCGCUGGAGCUGUUGGGCCAACCAACAGAACGCUCUCGAUCUCCCCUAAAGUUGAGAAUGCAGCAUUUAGAAACAUCACGUUCCAGGAGCUCGUGACCGCAUACAAGGAUCAAGUGAAGUCUCUCGUCGAGGGUGGUUGCGAUCUUCUCUUCGUUGAGACCAUCUUCGAUACUCUCAAUGCCAAGGCUGCCUUGUUCGCCAUCGACGUGUUCUUCGAGGAGUACAAUGUCAAAAUGCCCAUUGUCAUCUCCGGAACUAUUGUCGACAUGUCUGGUCGUACCUUGUCCGGACAGACCACCGAGGCCUUCUGGGUCAGCGUCUCCCACGCCCAGCCCUUGUGCGUCGGGCUCAACUGUGCCCUUGGACCAGACCAGAUGAGGCCGUUCAUGACGAGGCUUUCCAAUGUCGCCACCUGCUUCACGCACGCCUACCCCAAUGCUGGUCUUCCCAACGCCAUGGGAGGAUACGAUCUCAACCCAGCGGACAUGGCGCCGAAGCUCCGCGAAUGGGCCAAGGAUGGGCUCGUGAACCUCGUUGGCGGAUGCUGUGGAACGACUCCCGACCAUAUCAAGGCGAUCGCUGACGCUGUUGCCGACGUGAAGCCCUGUAGGGUCAUUCCUGAACCUGUCAACAAGAUGCGCUUGUCUGGACUUGAGGAUCUCACUGUUGACAAGUCUCUCCUCAACUUCGCCAACAUCGGAGAGCGUUGCAACGUGGCUGGUUCCAUCCGCUUCAAGAAGUUGAUCAUUGCCAACGACUGGGCUAAGGCAGCUGAGGUUGCACAGAAGCAGGUUGAAGAUGGUGCUCAGCUCGUGGACAUCAACUUUGAUGACGGUAUGCUUGACGGCGUUGACUGCAUGAAGAAGUUCUGCAACUUGAUCGCGACCGAGCCAGAGAUCGCCAAGGUCCCCAUGGUGAUCGACUCGUCAAAGUUUCACAUCUGCAUUGCUGGCCUCGAGUGCCUGCAAGGCAAGUGCAUCGUGAACUCGAUCUCUCUCAAGGUUGGAGAAGAGGAGUUCAAGCAGCAAGCAAAGUUGAUCAAGCGAUAUGGCGCAGCGGUCAUUGUCAUGGCCUUCGACGAGCAGGGUCAGGCUGCAGGAUACGAGGACAAGGUCCGUAUCUGUCAGCGAGCGUACAAGAUUCUUGUGGAGGAGGUGAAGUUCAACCCCUUCGACAUCGUUUUCGAUCUCAACAUCCUGACCAUCUGCACUGGUCUCGAGGAGCACAACAACUAUGGCGUUGACUUCAUCAAUGCCACCAAGACUGUCAAGGAGACCUGCCCAGGAGCUAAGAUUUCUGGAGGCUUGUCCAACCUCUCCUUCUCUUUCCGUGGAUUGGAAUCGAUCCGUGAGGCUAUGCACGGUGUGUUCCUGUACCAUGCCAUCAAGAACGGCAUGGACAUGGCGAUUGUCAACGCAGGAAACCUUCCUAUCUACGAUGACAUCGAGAGCGAGCUUCGCAAUCUGUGCGAGGACGCGAUCCUCAACAGAUCGUCGGAGGCCACCGAGAAGAUGUUGGAGCUUGCGGAGAAGGAGAAGCAGCGCUUGGAGGAGCUCAAGGCUGGAGGAGGUGACAAGGUCAAGAAGGCCGCGGCGGAAUGGAGGAACCAGCCUGUGAAAGGUCGUCUGAUCCACGCGCUGAUCAAGGGGCUUGACGAAUUCAUCGAGGCUGAUGUGGAGGAGGCUCGUGUGGACAAGGAUGCAUACCCUGCCCCCCUAAACAUCAUCGAAGGACCGCUCAUGGAGGGUAUGAACAUCAUCGGAGACCUCUUCGGGGCCGGCAAGAUGUUCUUGCCUCAAGUGAUCAAGUCUGCGCGUGUGAUGAAGAAGGCUGUCGCGUACCUCACCCCCUUCAUGGAGGAGGAGAAGGCCAGGAAGAUGGCCGAGAACCCCGAUCUUGCCGUUCAGAAGCCUGGCUGUGUUCUAAUUGCCACAGUCAAGGGAGACGUGCACGACAUCGGCAAGAACAUUGUUGCUGUCGUUCUCGGUUGCAACAACUACGAAGUUAUUGACAUGGGUGUCAUGUGCCCUUGCGAGAAGAUCCUUGACAAGGCGCAGGAGGUUGGAGCGGAUGUCAUCGGCCUCUCGGGCCUCAUCACCCCCUCCCUUGACGAGAUGGUGACCGUUGCCAAGGAGAUGCAGCGUCGCAACAUGAAGGUCCCCCUUCUCAUCGGAGGCGCCACUACCUCUCGCAUGCACACUGCUGUCAAGAUCGAGCCCUGCUACCCCAACGCCCCCGUCAUCCACGUCCUCGAUGCUUCUCGUGCUGUUUCCGUUGUCUCGUCCCUGCUCGACGAGCAGCUCAAGGAUGACUUCGCCGCUGACACCCGCGAGCUGUAUGAGGAGAUGAGGGAAGAGCACUAUGCUUCUCUCGAGGAGAGGAAGUUCAAGUCUCUCGAGCAGUCGCGUCAGCUUCCCCUCAAGGUGGACUGGAAGAACCGAUCGGAGAAGCCGGUUAAGCCCAGCUUCCUCGGCCGCCGCAAGUACGUCAACGUGCCUCUCGAGGAGCUGCUGCCCUACAUCGACUGGAACCCCUUCUUCGCUGUCUGGCAGCUUCGCGGCAAGUACCCCAACCGCGGAUACCCCAGGAUCUUCGAGGACGAGGCGGUCGGCGCUGAGGCCAAGAGGGUUUUCGAUGACGCACAGAAGAUGCUCAAGUCGAUUGUCGACGGUAGAAAGCUCCAGGCCAAUGGCGUUGUCGCCUUCUACCCCGCCAAUGCUGUUGGGGAUGAUAUCGAGGUGUACGAGGACGAUUCUAGGUCACAGGUCAAGGCGGUGCUCUGCACCCUCCGACAGCAGGAGCUGCGUGAGGAGCAGUCCGAGUACUUGGCCAUGUCAGACUUCAUCGCUCCAAAGGGCUCGGGAGUGGAGGACUACAUCGGUCUCUUUGCUGUCACCGCGGGUCUUGGUAUGGAGAAGCUGAUCGCCUCAUACGAGGAGAAGAACGAUGACUACGGCAAGAUCAUGGCUCAGGCUCUCGCUGACCGUCUGGCCGAGGCCUUUGCGGAGAAGCUUCACUUGGACGUGCGCGUCAAGGAGUGGGGCUACUGCCCCAGCGAGGGCCUCUCCCCCGAGGACCUUAUCAAAGUCAAGUACGAGGGCAUCCGCCCGGCUCCUGGUUAUCCUUCGCAGCCCGACCACACGGAGAAGAAAGUUAUGUGGGAGCUCCUCUCUGCCGAUGAGCUCGCCGACAUCACUCUCACGGAGUCCCUGGCGAUGAUGCCCGCUGCUUCCGUCUCUGGUCUCUACUUCGCCAAUCCCGAGAGCAAGUACUUCGCUGUCGGCAAGAUCUGCAAGGAUCAGGUGGAGGACUACGCUUCUCGCAAGAAGAUGGAUGUCGAGGAGACGGAGCGAUGGCUCGCGCCCAUCCUCGGCUACGACAGAUGAGCGUCAGGGCUGCAGUAGAAGCGAGCAAGGCUUGUUAUUGUUUCGUGGCGAACGUGGGGCGUCAGCAGUCACGUUGCUUCUGUUCUUAUGUAAUAAAGCAAACCAAGAGU